AUGUCCCUCCUCCGCGUCCGGCCCGCCGCCGCCGUCGCGGCGCUCGCCGUCGCCGUCAUCGCGCUCGCGGCGGCCGGCGGCGGGGACGCGUACGGGCUGACCAAGCCCGGCACCGUCAUCUCGUACGACCGCCGGUCGCUCAUGGUCGACGGCCGGAGGGAGAUCUUCUUCUCCGGCUCCAUCCACUACCCGCGCAGCCCGCCGCACGAGUGGGCCGACCUCAUCUCCAGGGCAAAGGAAGGCGGACUCAACGUCAUCGAGUCAUACGUCUUCUGGAACGGCCAUGAACCCGAGAUGGGCGUGUACAACUUCGAGGGGAGGUACGACAUGAUCAAGUUCUUCAAGCUCAUCCAGGAGCAUGAGAUGUUCGCCAUGGUCCGGAUCGGGCCCUUCGUUCAGGCGGAAUGGAACCAUGGAGGGCUGCCUUACUGGCUCCGGGAGGUCCCUGACAUCGUCUUCCGCACAGACAAUGAGCCUUUCAAGAAGCUCAUGCAGAAGUUUGUGACUAUGAUAGUGACCAAGCUCAAGGAUGCCAAGCUCUUCGCAUCACAAGGAGGCCCUAUUAUUCUGGCACAGAUUGAGAAUGAGUACCAGCACAUGGAGGCGGCAUUCAAAGAGAACGGAACCAGGUACAUCGACUGGGCAGCUAAGAUGGCCAUCAGCACCGGCACGGGGGUGCCGUGGAUCAUGUGCAAGCAGACUAAAGCUCCACAUGAAGUGAUCCCCACCUGCAAUGGUAGACACUGCGGAGAUACAUGGCCAGGUCCAACCGACAAGACCAAGCCCCUCUUAUGGACUGAGAACUGGACUGCACAGUACAGAGUUUUCGGUGAUCCGCCGUCUCAGAGAUCGGCCGAGGACAUUGCGUUCGCCGUGGCGCGGUUCUUCUCCGUGGGCGGCAGCAUGGUGAACUACUACAUGUACCAUGGAGGAACAAACUUUGGAAGAACAGGCGCCUCAUUCGUCAUGCCGAGAUACUACGACGAGGCGCCUCUCGACGAAUUCGGUAUGUACAAGGAGCCAAAGUGGGGCCAUCUGAGGGACCUGCACCAAGCACUCCGGCUGUGCAAGAAGGCUCUCCUCUGGGGGAACCCCUCUUCGCAGCCAUUGGGCAAGCUCUACGAGGCGCGUCUGUUCGAGAUCCCUGAGAAGAAGGUGUGCGUGGCGUUCCUGUCGAACCACAACACCAAGGAGGACGGGACGGUGACGUUCCGGGGGCAGCAGUACUUCGUGCCGCGGCGGUCGGUGAGCAUCCUCGGCGACUGCAAGACGGUGGUGUUCAGCACGCAGCACGUGAACUCGCAGCACAACCAGCGCACCUUCCACUUCACGGACCAGACGGUGCAGAACAACGUGUGGGAGAUGUACACGGAGGGGGACAAGGUGCCCACCUACAAGCUCACCAAUGUCCGGACGGAGAGGCCCCUCGAGUCCUACAACCUGACCAAGGACAAGACCGACUACAUCUGGUACACCACCAGCUUCAAGCUGGAGGCGGAGGACCUGCCGUUCCGGCGGGACAUCACGCCGGUGCUGGAGGUGAGCAGCCACGGGCACGCGAUGGUGGCGUUCGUGAACGGCAAGUACGUGGGCGCGGGGCACGGCACCAAGAUGAACAAGGCGUUCACGCUGGAGAGGCCCGUGGAGCUGAGGGUGGGCAUCAACCACGUCUCCAUCCUCUCCAGCACGCUCGGGAUGCAGGACAGCGGCGCCUACCUGGAGCACCGGCAGGCCGGGGUGCACGCGGUCACCAUCCAGGGCCUCAACACGGGGACGCUGGACCUGUCGGACAACGGGUGGGGCCACAUCGUGGGCCUAGACGGCGAGCUGAAGCAGGCGCACACGGAGAAUGGCGGCCAGGUGCAGUGGAAGCCGGCGGUGUUCGACCAGCCGCUCACCUGGUACCGGCGGCGUUUCGACAUGCCCACCGGGGAGGAUCCCGUGGUGAUCGACCUGAACCCGAUGGGCAAGGGCAUCCUGUUCGUCAACGGCGAAGGCCUGGGCCGGUACUGGAGCUCGUACAAGCACGCGCUGGGCCGGCCGUCGCAGUACCUGUACCACGUGCCGCGGUGCUUCCUGAAGCCGACGGGGAACGUGCUGACCCUCUUCGAGGAGGAAGGCGGCAAGCCGGACGCCAUCAUGAUCCUGACGGUGAAGCGGGACAACAUCUGCAGCUUCAUCUCGGAGAAGAACCCCGGGCACGUGCGGUCGUGGGAGAGGAAGGACAGCCAGCUGACGGCGGUGACGAACGACCUGAAGCCGCGGGCGGUGCUGUCGUGCCCGGAGAAGAAGACCAUCCAGCAGGUGGUGUUCGCCAGCUACGGGAACCCGUUGGGGAUCUGCGGGAACUACACGGUGGGCAACUGCCACACGCCCAAGGCCAAGGAGAUCGUGGAGAAGGCGUGCGUAGGGAAGAAGAGCUGCGAGCUCGUCGUGUCGCACGACAUCUACGGCGGUGACCUCAACUGCCCCGGCACCACGGCCACGCUCGCCGUGCAGGCGAAAUGCUCCAAGAGGCAGAGGACCGCCGAACAAUAA